UUUCUCAGUCUAUUAUCUCUCUUGCUCGGCGAUUCAGAUCUCGGCGAUAAUUUUGAGUAGGGUUUGGAUAGGCUAGGGUUUUCUGUGAUACUGCGCUUUGUGAGCGCGUUUGUAUCCGCGAAGGCAAUCGAGAAAGGCUCUUCAUUCAUCUGUAAUUCGCUUUUGGGUCGGGUGUUUUCUUAGCUGAGAAUUUUGCAUCCAUGGGUAGGCACGAUAGUUCAUCCGAGGAAGAGGAGAGAGUGAGAAGGAGAGAUAGAAGACGAAGAGAGAGAAGCCCAGAGGGUAGACGGUCGAGGAUGGAGACGGAAGAGGCUGGUCGUCGGGUUAGGGUUUCUGACGAUGAUGACCACAAGAGCUCGCGAAGAGAUCUCGAGAUUGGGGGUGUUGCAGACGGGGAUGAUCGAAAGUCGAAGCGAGACGGGAGAGGAAGAGAGAGAAGCCGUGGAGAUACGGUGAGAGCUGAUACCUCUUCUGAUGAGGAAUCAGCUAGGCGGUCUAGAAAGGAUCGAAGAGAAGUAGAUUCGGGUUCUGACGACGAUCAGGAAAGAGAUAGACGGAAAAAAAUGGAAGUAGAUGAUGAUGCUGGUGGUGAGAGGAGGGUAAGCAUAGGAAGAAGUAAGGAUAGAGUUCGAGCAGGCACUUCUUCUGAUGAAGAAGGUGACAAGCAUCUUUCAAAGGAAACCGAAGAUGGACGAAAGGGUCGUAGAGGCUUGGACGAUGAAGACGAUGAUUUGAAGGGGAAUAAAAAGGAAACCGAAGAGGCUGAGGAUGAUUACGAUAGGAGAAGAAGGAAGAGAAGCCCUAAAGACGUGGAGAAGCAUGAUAGAGAGAGGGGUCAUAGGGGUAGCAGAGUCAUAGCUGAUAAACCUUCUGAUGAAGAAUAUGAUAGGCAGAAGAGCAGGAGAGGUAGGCAAGAAAGCGAGAGGAAACGUAGAGAUUAUGAAGCAGCUGAUGACGAUGAGGAAGGUGAGAUAAAGAGCGAGAGAAGUGGAAAAAAGAGGACUGAUGAAGGUCUUUUAAAAAGGGAUCGGAGGGAGAGAGACUGGUCUGAUGAGCACGAGAACGGGAACCGGCGGAGGGAUGUUGAAAGGAAGGAUAGGCAUCGGAGGGAUGAUGGAGCUAGAGAUGAAAAGGAGAGGAGACACAGUGAUAGAUAUGAUAAUAGCCAAAGAGACAAGUUGAGAAAGGAAGACAGCAGGAAAAGGGAAGAGAAGAGUGAAGUUGUAAAGCCCAAGUUGCCAGAACUCAAUCCAUCUGAUAACAAUGCUAUGGCAUUGGGAAAAACUGGUGGAGUUUAUAUUCCUCCGUUCAAGCUAGCACGCAUGAUGAAGGAGGUGGAAGACAAGAGCAGUGUAGAAUAUCAACGUCUUACAUGGGACGCUCUCCGUAAAAGUAUUAAUGGGCUGGUGAAUAAGGUCAACGCAAGCAACAUCAAGAACAUAAUCCCUGAACUGUUUGCGGAAAAUCUCAUCAGAGGAAGGGGACUUUUCUGCCGGUCAUGUAUGAAGUCUCAAAUGGCAUCUCCUGGUUUCACUGAUGUCUUUGCAGCUUUAGUAGCUGUUAUUAACGCCAAAUUCCCCGAAGUUGCUGAACUUCUAUUGAAAAGGGUCGUUUUGCAGCUGAAGAGAGCGUAUAAGCGUAAUGACAAGCCUCAAUUGCUCGCUGCCGUAAAAUUUAUAGCACAUCUAGUAAACCAGCAAGUCGCUCAGGAGAUCAUUGCCCUUGAAUUAGUCACUAUACUUCUGCAAGACCCGACUGAUGACAGUGUCGAGGUGGCUGUUGGAUUCGUGACGGAGUGUGGUGCGAUGCUUCAAGAUGUUACACCAAAAGGAUUGCAUGGGAUUUUUGAGCGGUUUCGUGGUAUACUGCACGAGGGAGAGAUAGAUAAGAGAGUUCAGUAUUUGAUUGAAGGGCUCUUUGCUAUUAGGAAAGCGAAAUUUCAGGGACAUCCGGCUGUUCGUCCUGAGCUAGAUCUCGUGGAAGAAAAAUAUUCGCAUGAUGUUUCUCUUGACGAUGAAAUAAAUCCUGAAACCUCUCUCGAUGUUUUCAAACCUGAUCCUGACUUCCUUGAGAACGAAAAGAAGUACGAGGCGCUGAAGAAAGAGUUACUUGGUGAAGAGGAGUCCGAGGAUGAAGAUGGCUCUGAUGCUAGUUCAGAGGAUAAUGAUGAGGAGGAAGAUGGUUCUGAUGAAGAAGAUGAAGAACAAAUGAGAAUAAGAGACGAGACAGAGACUAAUCUUGUUAAUCUAAGGAGGACAAUAUACCUGACCAUAAUGUCCAGCGUUGAUUUUGAGGAAGCAGGUCACAAGUUACUUAAAAUUAAACUUGAACCUGGUCAAGAGAUGGAACUAUGCAUAAUGCUCCUGGAAUGUUGCUCCCAGGAGAGAACAUAUCUGCGCUACUACGGAUUGUUGGGUCAGCGUUUCUGUAUGAUCAACAAAAUUCAUCAAGAGAAUUUUGAGAAAUGUUUUGUUCAGCAGUAUUCCAUGAUCCAUCGUCUCGAGACGAACAAGUUGCGUAAUGUGGCCAAGUUCUUCGCCCAUUUAUUGGGAACAGAUGCACUUCCGUGGCAUGUCCUUGCCUACAUUCGGUUAACCGAGGAGGACACAACUUCCUCAUCUCGUAUCUUUAUCAAGAUCCUUUUUCAGGAAUUGUCAGAACACUUGGGGAUUAGGCUACUUAACGAGAGGCUUCAGGAUCCAAUAAUGCAGGAAUCACUCGAGUCCAUCUUCCCUAAAGAUAAUCCAAAGAACACGAGGUUUGCAAUCAACUUCUUUACUUCCAUUGGUCUUGGAGGUAUCACAGAGAGUCUCAGAGAGUACCUGAAGAACAUGCCACGCCUCAUCAUGCAACAACAGAAGCAAGUUGUGGAAUCAGAAUCUGGAUCAUCGUCUGGAUCUGAUAGUUCUGGUUCUGGUUCCGAGUCUGAUUCUGAGUCGGAUUCUUCGUCUUCUUCUAGUUCGGAUGAAAGUGACAGAGAGAAGAGGAAGCGAAGAAGAAGAGCUUGAGUGGUGGUUGUUUUGCUUGUUAUCUCUACCAAAAUUCUUCAAAUUUUCACAUGGUUCACAUCUUGUUUUGGUGAUUCAACUUGAAUUUAUAUGAGAACUCAAUGAGCAUCUGGUUCUGUUCUUGCAUAUCAACUAUAAAUUAAGCUGAUAAACUUUUUUUUUU